AUGGCAAUCCUGUUCUUCCACCAAUUCAGCCUCUUUUCAAUCUUUCUCCAGGGCCUCAUGGAAACAGGCAAUGGGACUGUCCUUUUGGAGAAUAUUUCAACCCCAAGAGUGCCUGACAGCUAUUCGCAAGACAAAAUGACUUUUUUGAGCCUGGCACUUGGCAUUUUUACCUUGGUGUCCUUACUGGUGGGGACCGUUUCCAACAGCCUCUUCCUUUGGGUGCUGGGAGUGAAGAUGAAGAGGACGGUGAACACGCUCUGGUUCUCACAUCUGAUUCUCACCUACUUACUUUUCUGCGUCUCCCUGCCUUUCUUUGGUGUCUACAGCAUCCUUGGUUUCCACUGGGUCUUUGGGAUAGUGGUUUGCAAGCUUAUUGUUUCCUUAUUUUCACUGACAAUGUUCACCACGGUCUUCCUCCUCACCAUCAUCAGCCUCGACCGCUAUCUGCUCAUCUGCCGCCCUGUCUGGUCCCAGCACAAUCGCACAAUUCCACAGGCACGGAGACUGGUCACGGGAGUAUGGCUGUCUUCCUUUACUCUCAGCGCUCCUUACCUUGUUUUCCAGGAGACACGAGAAGAGAAGGGCAGGAUCAAGUGUUCCAGCAAUUUCGCUUUCUCCAGUGACUGGGAUGGGCCUGAGACACAGGCCUUGAGGGUGCGUGUUCACUUAGCUCUUUUUGUGGUCCGCUUCCUGCUGGCCUUCUUGUUUCCCUUCCUGAUCAUCGUGAGUUGCCACUGUAGGAUGGGCUGGGAAAUGAAGAAGAAAAAGUUGGUUAGGAACAGAAAGCCUUUCAGAGUCCUGGUGGCCGCCGUGGCCUCGUUCUUCAUCUGCUGGCUUCCUUACCAUCUCUAUCACGGAUCACCAACACACUGGGAAUCGUUUACAGCAAUACGAUGGGGGUUUCGGGUGACGAUGUUCAUUGGAGAGUGUUUCAAUUUCUGUUUCACGCCCAUUCUCUAUCUGUUUGUCGGGGAGAAAUUCCAGCAGGUCUUCAAGACAUCCAUCCUCGCUUUGCUUAGGAGAGGCUUUACGGAUAUUCCCAUCAUACCCACGGACGAUACCAAUGCUGACAAGGAGGGCCAUCAAACCAGUAGCAUCAGCAGCUCGGAGCUGAAGAUUGCUAGUGGAAACAAUCAGCCAUCACCCUGA